ACACUUCAUUCACACACACACUCACGCACACACUGAGCCUCAGAGCAGAGUCACGGUAACCGGACACUACAGAAACGCCGACAUGACUCCUGAUUCCGCCACCGGGUACAGCUAUGAGGAGUGUAAGGCCACAGCUGAUUGGCUGUUAGAGCGAGCUCCGGAGCGCCCUCUGGUGGGCAUUGUUUGCGGCUCUGGUCUUGGUGGAUUGGCCAAAAUGCUGAAAGAUGAGCUGGUCAUAAACUACUGCGACAUCCCAAACUUCCCCCAGAGCACCGUGCACGGCCACGCUGGAAAGCUGGUGUUCGGCACACUCAAAGGAAAGCCGUGCGUUUGCAUGCAGGGCAGGUUUCACCUCUAUGAAGGAUACGCUAUUCAGAAGACCACCAUGCCCAUCCGGGUGUUCAAGCUGAUGGGUGUAGAGACCGUCAUACUCACCAACGCUGCUGGAGGACUCAACCAGGACUUUAAAGUGGGCGACAUCAUGAUUAUUAAAGAUCAUAUCAAUAUUCCAGGAUUCGCCGGAAACAACCCGCUAGUAGGAGCCAAUGACGACAGGUUUGGCGUCAGGUUUCCGUGUAUGUCGGAUGCGUAUGACCGUGAUCUGCAGCAGCUGGUGCGAGCCGUGGCAGAUGAGCUGGAUUUCUCAGUCUUCAUGCGGGAUGGUGUGUACAGUGUGCUGGGCGGGCCGUCCUUCGAGACCAUCGCUGAGUGCAGAGCGCUGCGCCUGCUCGGAGCCGACGCCGUGGGCAUGAGCACAGUUCACGAGGUGAUCGUGGCGCGUCACUGUGGGAUGCGUGUUCUGGCUCUGUCUCUAAUCACCAACCAGGCGGUGAUGGAUUACCAGAGCGAGAAAAAGGCCAAUCAUGAGGAGGUGCUGGAGACGGGAGCGCUGAGAGCCAAGCAGAUGGAGAAACUGGUGUCCACCGUCGUCUCUCGCAUCCAAAACACACUCACACACUGCUCAUAACACACACACACACACACACACACACACACACACACAUCAUAUCAGCAAAUGGAGAAACUGGUGUCCACCGUCGUCUCUCGCAUCCAAAACACACUCUCACACUGCUCAUAACACACACACACACACACACACACACACCAUAUCAGCAGAUGGAGAAACUGGUGUCCACCGUCGUCUCUCGCAUCCAAAACACACUCACACAAUGCUCAUAACACACACACACACACACACACACACCAUAUCAGCAGAUGGAGAAACUGGUGUCCACCGUCGUCUCUCGCAUCCAAAACACACUCACACAAUGCUCAUAACACACACACACACACACACACACACCAUAUCAGCAGAUGGAGAAACUAGUGUCCACUGUUGUCUCUCACACACACACACACACACACACACACACACACACACACACACACACACCAUAUCAGCAGAUGGAGAAACUGGUGUCCACCGUCGUCUCUCGCAUCCAAAACACACUCACACACUGCUCAUAACACACACACACACACACACACACACACACCAUAUCAGCAGAUGGAGAAACUGAUGUCCACAGUCGUCUCUCGCAUCCAAAACACACUCACACACUGCUCAUAACACACACACACACACACACCAUAUCAGCAGAUGGAGAAACUGGUGUCCAUUGUUGUCUCUCACACACACACACACACACACACACACACACACACACUGUAAAAGGCGAUUAGUUACUUUACUUUGAGUUGAUUUUACUUAAAGCUAGCGAAUCCAUUGACUUAACUUUGGUAAUUAUGCGCAUAGUUUGUUGACUUAAAAAAAGACAGCAUACUCCUUACCUUAUAAUGAUGAAGUAAAGUCAACUAGUCUCUCUUUACAGUGCGCGCUCGCUUCAGACACACCAACGCUAGGAAACAGACCUUUCAUACACGCUUCAUGAAGUUUACAUUCCUAUUAAGAGAACCAGCUCCUGUUCAAAUGUCUUACGCUGUAUCUGAAAUCGCCCCCAUAUACCCUCAUUCACUAUUCACUACAGUAGUCGACUAGUAUAGUGCACUUAAAGGAGCGAAUGAAGCCAGUGAGGGACUUUGUGCAUUGUAUUGCGUAUGUAUAGGUGAAUUGGGUAGGCUAAAAUUGUUCGUAGUGUAUGAGUGGGAAUGAGUGUGUAUGGGUGUUUCCCAGAGAUGGGUUGCAGCUGGAAGGGCAUCCGCUGUGUAAAACAUAUACAGGAUAAGUUGGCGGUUCAAUCCGCCGCGGUGACCCCGGAUUAAUAAAAGGACUAAGCUGAAAAGAAAAUGAAUGAUUAAAUUGGCCGUAGUGUAUGUGUGUGAAUGGGAGUGUAUGGGUGUUUCCCAGUGAUGGGUUGCAGCUGGACGGGCAUCCGCUGCGUUAAACAUAUGCUGGAUAAGUUGGUGUGUGUAUCACACAUACAUGUUAUUUAUAUAAAAUAUGAACACAUGUGGUGACACGGUGGCUCAGUGGUUAGCACUGUGACCUCACAGCAUAAAACUCGCUGGUUCGAGUCCCGGCUGAGUCAGUUGGUGUGGGUUUCCUCCGGGUGCUCUGGUUUCCCCCACAGUCCAAACACAUGUGCUAUAGGGGAACUGAUGAACUAAACUGGCCGUAGUGUAUGAGUGUGUAUGGGUGUUUCCCAGUACUGGGUUGCAGCUGGAAGGGCAUCCGCUGUGUAAAACAUAUGCUGGAAUAGUUGGCGGUUCAUUCGUAAUGAAAGAAAGACUUUAGAUUUCUGUCUUGUAUACAAACGUUACUUUAAUUCAAUCCUAUUUUAUUUUUGAACCAUACACCAAUAGGAUUGUGCUUUAGACGCCAUCUAGUGGUCAGAUGCAUUCAUUUAUUUGGAGCACAAACUCUCACAGUGCAUUAUGGGUAUGUUCUAGCAUACCCAUGUGUUCUACACUCAUUAUUGCAGUGCAUUGUGGGAUUGAUUGAGUGCACUUCAAAACGUCCACUACAGUUUCAGACACCAUUAUAAAAUGGCUACUCCCCUUAAAUAGAGCACUAUUAAGGGUGUAAUGGGCGAUUUCGGAUACAGCCUUAAAAUAGAGGUUUUUAAGGGACAGUUCACUCAAAGUUUCAGAUUCUGUCGUCUUUUACUCACCCUUCAAAUUUGUUAAAAACUAUUUGAGUUGAACACAAUACAGUAGGUAUUGUGAAAAAGGCUGGUAGCUGGCACUAAUUGACUUCCAUAGUCAAUUUAUUUGUCCAACUAUGGAGGUCAAGCAGUGCCAGCAUUCUUUAAAGUAUCUUCUUUUGUAUUUGACAGAAAAUCAUAAAGGUUUAAUUCCACAUGAGGGAAUGUAAAUGAUGAGGUAGCUUCAUUUUUAGGUGAACUAUCCCUUUAAAGGGUUAGUUCACACACAAAUAAUUAAAAUUAACCAAUGGUUUACUCGACGCCAAGCUGUUUAUAAUCUUUACACUGUAAAUAAUAUAUGUAAACUAACCUUAAUUUGUGAUUCGUUUCAGUUUAUUUAUGCUUUUGAAUUGCAUUAUGGGACUUUGAUCUUUCCUCCAACAGCUUUCGAUAUUGAAAAGUGUGAAAAACAAGACUUUUAUUGACAUUUUUAAUAGUUUGAAGUGUUAAUUGUGUUGUAAAUUACGGUACAAAAACCUGGUAAUAAGCUGCCAUUACUUAUUGUUUUAUUACAGACUUAUUUCUAUAUAUGUAGGCAUAUAUAUUCCUUUUUUAUACAAUAUAUUGUUUUAAACUACUUCAAAUGUUAAUAAAAGUCACUCAAAAGGGUGAAUUUUCAAUAUCAAACGUCAACAGAGCAGAGAAAUGUCCCAUAAUGCAAUUCAUAACCAUAAAUAAACGAGGAAAAAGCGGUGAAUGAUGAAUUACGGAUAGAUUUAUUGUGCUUGUGCUUUUCCAGCUCUAUAAUGUUAGCUGAUUUUAUCAACCGUCCAAAAGUAAUCCAAUAAAGCACAUUCACUCAUUAUAAAAAGUGCCAACCGGAGAAUAAAACUCUCCUUUAGUGAUUUUAUGUGCUUUUGCAAGACAAAUAUACUUAUUUAAAACUUUAUAAAGCAUUUUAGAUAACUUCCAGACACAGUGAUCUAUCAACAUCUUCUUUUGAGGUGCAUUUUUGGUGCCACCUGCUGGACUGGAGUGCGUUUCUUUUCAUAUUGAAGGAAUAGAAAAUGUACAUAUAAUAAAACAGAAAAAAAAGAUCUGAACAUCCCAUUGCAGCUUAACAAAACAAUUAGGGUCAAAUUCAAUAACUGCAUAGUCUGAAGUCAUGCAUGUUGUAACAUGAAAGUAAUAAUAUUAAUAAUAUCAAAGACAAAACAGCACAUUAAUCAUCAUGAAGGGGAUGCAAAGAGUUGUACAGAUUAUUUAACAGCAUAUUUUUAAAUAUGAUCAAAUAGUUUUCCAAUUAGUAUUAAACCUCCACCGAACCCUUUGUUUUUUUAAUCUAUAACAAAUGCAGAAGUGCGGUGAUGAGAGAUAUAAACACUCACUCCUGUCCUGCUGGGGGCGCUAAUGCAGCACAAAAUACAGCUCAAAACAAAACAAAACCAUUCUGAAUGGAGCUUUCUGAAGCAAAAUGAUCUCUGAAGCUUAAAAUAUGGAUGUUUUUCUUACAAAGACACUUGGGUUCACUAGAGGAGAGCUUUAUUCGCUCGAUGGAGUUGUGUGGGGUGGUUUUUAUUGUGUAUGUGUGUGCUUUUAUUGCAUUAUUUUGGAGUGCUGAUAACAUUACCCAAAUAGAGAAUCCAAAGAUUAUUAUAUUUUCAUAACUCAGAUUGGAUUUGAAGAAAGUCAUGAACAUCAAGGACUUCUCGAGGGUGAGUAAAUCAUAAUUGUAAUAUUUGGGUGAACUUUCUCUUUAAUAAUAAUAAUAAUAAUAAUAGAGGCCAAAGCCAUGCACUGCUGCUUCUGUCCGUGCUAAACCACUGAUUUACUGUGUAUUUAUAAAGUCCAGACGUCUUAAAAGUCAUAUAUUUAAAACUGAGUGAAACCAGCAUGAGAUAAACACACAGAUUAUUUAAAUAUUGGGAGAUUUUAUUCUUGUGAAGAGUUUUAAAUAUUGUAAAACUGUUACUGAAAUCAGCUUAAGUUAUUAGACGCUGUAUUUAUGUCACGUAUUUAUGUUAAAUGAGGGUGAAUGCUGAUUUAAAUUUGCACUAAAUGUUGGAGUGUGUCUGGUGAUUUUGUGUGUUAUUUGAAGAUCUGAAUUGCUGUUUUAUUCCAGCACUUUCCUCACUUUAUGUCAUUUUAUUUUAUUUUUUUUACCUGAAUUUUGAGAUUGCACUUCAGGCUCUGUGGGACUUACAGUAGUUGUUUCUAUGAUCUCCUGCUUAAAUGCAAUAAAACAUAUUGUUUUACCAA